AUGAGCUGGGCGCCGCAGCAGCAGGGGCUCGAGGAGCUGGUCGCCUGCCUGAGCAAGUCGGGCUCGGCCGACACCAAGGUCCAGGAGGGCAUCCAAGAGCGCCUCGAGUCGUUCAACAAGAUCCCCGACUACAACUCGUACCUGGUCUUCAUCCUCACCCAGAUGCCCAACGAGGACGUGAUGGUGCGGUCCAUGGCCGGCCUCCUGCUCAAGAACAACAUCCGCCUGUACCUCAACGACAUCCAGCCCGACGUCCUCGCGUACGUCAAGGCCAACAUCUUUGGCGCCAUCGGCGACCCGACGAGCAUGAUCCGCAACACGGUGUCGACCGUCAUCAACCAGCUCGUCGUCGAGCUGAAGCCCGAAAACUACCUCGAGGCCUUGAGCCGCCUCCUCGAGCUCGUCGACUCGUCCGACAUGUUUGUCCAGGAGGGCGCCUUCAUGUCGCUCGACAAGCUGUGCCAGGACAUCCCCAAGGCGCUCGAGCAGCUCGAGGUGAAUGGGCAGCGCCCGCUCGACGUCAUGAUCCCCAAGUUCCUGUCGCACGUCGACUCGCCGUACCCCAAGAUCCGCAACUACGCCCUGUCCUGCGCGAUCCAAUUCAUCUCGCCCGACAACAACGCCUUGACGCUCCACCUCGAGCCGUUCAUCGUCGGCCUGUUCAAGCACGCGUCGGACGACUCGACCGAGGUGCGCAAGACGGUGUGCCAGGCCCUCGUCCAGCUCCUCGCGACCCGGCCCGACGUCCUCGUCCCGCACAUGGCCAACGUCGUCGACUUCAUGUUGUUCUCGACGCAGGACAUCGAGAACGAGGAGGUCGCGCUCGAGGCGUGCGAGUUCUGGCUCACGUUCGCCGAGGACCCGGAGCUCGUCAACCACCUGCGCCCGUUCCUGCCCAAGGUCAUCCCCGUCCUCGUCCAGAGCAUGGUUUACUCGGAGGACGACAUCCUGCUGCUCGACACGGACGAGGACGACGCCGCCGUGCCGGACAAGGCGUCCGACAUCAAGCCCCACCUCCUGUCGUCCAAGGCGCACACGCACGACCGCCUCGAGGACGCCGAGGGCGGCGCCAACGGCGCGCAGCCCGGUGGGCACUCGCGCGCGCGAGCAGACGACGAGGACGACGACGAGGACGACGAGGACGACUACGACGACGAGGACGAUGACGACGAGGAGGCCUACACCGAGUGGAACCUGCGCAAGUGCGCCGCCGCCGCGCUCGACGUCAUGGCCGUCGCGUUCGAGGUCGAGAUGCUCGAGGUCCUCCUCCCGUACCUCAAGGAGAAGCUCUUCAGCCCCGACUGGCUCGACCGCGAGAGCGGCAUCCUCGCGCUCGGAGCCAUCGCCGAGGGCUGCAUCACCGGCAUCGAGCCGCACCUCCCCAUCCUCAUGAACUUCCUCAUCAACUCGCUCAACGACCCCAAGCCCCUCGUGCGCUCCAUCGCGUGCUGGACGAUCGGCCGGUACUCGAGCUGGACGAUCAAGGAGGACGCGACGCCCGAGCACCGCCAGCAGUUCUUCGUGCCCGCCAUGGAGGGCCUGCUCAAGAUGUGCCUCGACAACAACAAGCGCGUCCAGGAGGCCGGCUGUUCGGCGUUCGCGACGCUCGAGGAGGAGGCCGGGCCCGAACUCGAGCCGUUCCUCGGGUCCAUCCUCGGCAACCUCGUGUUCGCGUUCAACAAGUACCAGCAGAAGAACCUCCUCAUCCUGUACGACGCCAUCGGGACCCUCGCCGACGCCGUUGGGCCCGCGCUCAACCACCCGCCGUACAUCGAGAUCCUCAUGCCGCCGCUCAUCCAGAAGUGGAGCACGCUCAACGACUCGGACCCGGACCUCAUCCCGCUCCUCGAGUGCAUGUCGUCGGUCGUCAUCGCCAUCGGCCCGGGCUUUGGCCAGUUCGCCGAGCCCGUGUUCUCGCGGUGCAUCAACCUCGUCAAGUCGAGCCUGAUCGAGGCGCAGCAGUACCAGCAGGACCCGGUCAACUACGACGAGCCGGACAAGACAUUCCUCAUCGUGUCGCUCGACCUCCUGUCGGGCCUGACGCAGGGACUCAACAUGGCCAUCACGCAGCUCUAUUCGGCGAGCGACCCUCCCGUCCUCACCCUCCUCGCCAUGUGCCUCCAGCACCCGGAUGCGCCCGUGCGCCAGUCGUCGUACGCCCUCCUCGGCGACACGGCCAUCUCGUGCUUCCCGAUCCUUAAGCCCCUCCUCCCCCAGUUCAUGCCGGUCCUCGUGUCGCACAUCGAGGUCGAGCCUCGCCUCGCCGAGGUGUCGGUCUGCAACAACGCGGCGUGGGCGGCGGGCGAGAUCGCGCUCCAGGCCGGCGCCGACAUGGAGCCCUACGUCAACCCGCUUAUGGAGCGCCUCGUGCCCAUCCUCAUCAGCAGCAAGGCGGCACGGAGCCUGACCGAGAACUCGGCCGUCACGAUCGGCCGCCUCGCCAUCGUGUGCCCGCAACUCGUCGCGCCGCACCUCCAGGUCUUCGUCCAGGCGUGGUGUCAGGCGCUCGCCGACAUCAAGGACAACGAGGAGAAGGACUCGGCGUUCCGGGGCAUCUGCGCCGCGAUCCAGGUCAACCCGAACGGCAUCUCGACCGCUUUCGGGUUCUUCCUCAACGCCGUCGCUCGCUGGAGCCGACCAUCUGAGCAGCUCAACGAGAUGUUCAAGACGAUCCUGCACGCGUUCAAGGGCAUGACCGAGGCGGCAGCAUGGGACGCGCAGCUCGCGCACCUGCCUCCCGUCAUCGUGCAGCGCCUGCGCGAGCGGUACGGCGUCUGA